GUCGGGGGAGAGAGAGAAAAAAAACAGCAGUGUGUGAAGCUGCUGUCUGCAGUCUACUGCCUGCCACAGACUGAAGAGUGAACUCCUGAUCGGACACAGCGACAGUUACUCUGCUGCUGAGUCAGUUAACUUACCGGCAGCACCGUACAUUUACUUACUGUCAGCUCACAUUAUAAUGCUUAUAACGGAAAACCGAGCUGAGCCGUUAAAUGAAGAAGCGGGUCGUUGUUUGGAUUGCUUUUAAUUAGCUAGCUGUAGCUAACGCGGAAGGCAGGCAUCCCCACGAGUAACCAAUGAUUAGCUCAACGGACAUAACACUGAGCUCGUUUUAGACGGCAUUUCCUCCUGGGUGAAGGAUGUCUAAACGCCUUAGAAACGCUGAAGUCUGCGCUGAUUGCAGUGUCCCAGAGCCUCGCUGGGCCUCGGUGAACAGGGGUGUGUUGAUUUGUGACGAGUGCUGCAGUGUUCAUCGAAGUCUGGGCAGACACAGCUCCCAAGUCCGCCACCUGACGCACACACCAUGGCCUCUUACGCAGCUACAGAUGGUGCAGACAUUAUACAGCAAUGGUGCAAAUUCAAUAUGGGAGCACUCCCUCCUGGACCCUGCAUCUGUGAUGAGUGGGAAACGCAAGGCCAACCCUCAGGACAAAUUGCACCCAAACAAAUCAGAAUUUAUAAGAGCCAAAUAUCAAAUGCUGGCAUUUGUCCAUCGCAUGCCUUGUCGGGACGACGACAGCUUGACAGCCAAGGAUUUAAGCAAGCAACUUCACUCAAGUGUACGCACCGGGAAUCUUGAGACUUGCUUGAGGUUGCUGUCUCUGGGAGCACAAGCUAAUUUCUUUCACCCUGAAAAAGGAAACACUCCCUUGCAUGUAGCUGCAAAGGCAGGACAAGUAUCACAGGCUGAACUAUUAACUGUUUAUGGGGCAGAUCCUGGAGCCCCUGACAGCAAUGGCAAAACUCCCAUUGACUAUGCAAGGGAAGCUGGCCAUCAUGACCUGGCAGACAGACUGGUGGAGAUUCAGUAUGAACUAACUGAUCGACUGGCGUUCUACCUGUGUGGGAGAAAGCCAGAUCAUAAAAACGGCCAGCACUUCAUUGUUCCACAAAUGGCCGACAGGAACAUCAGUUUAGAUUUAUCAGAACUGGCCAAGGCAGCAAAGAAGAAGCUGCAGUCUCUCAGUAAUCAUUUAUUCGAGGAGCUCGCCAUGGAUGUGUAUGAUGAGGUGGAUCGACGAGAGACGGAUGCGGUGUGGUUAGCUACACAGAAUCACAGCACUCUGGUGACGGAGACGACUGUGGUGCCUUUCCUCCCUGUGAAUCCAGAAUAUUCAUCAACACGAAACCAGGGACGCCAGAAACUUGCAAGAUUCAAUGCACACGAAUUUGCAACUCUUGUGAUCGACAUACUAAGUGAUGCUAAGCGCAGACAACAAGGGAAUUCAGUAGCUAGUCCCAAAGACAAUGUUGAACUUAUCCUGAAAAGUGUGGCUGUCAGGCAUUGUAGUGACAGUCAGGACAACGACCAGCCGGACUAUGAUAGCGUGGCGUCCGAUGAGGAUACAGAUCAAGAGCUCCCCUCUAGCAAAGGAGAUAGGACCAAGAGUCUGGACUCUGACCUCUCCGACAACCCCAUCACUAUGCAAGAGUACUUGGAUGUGAAGAAUGCGCUCACUGCCUCUGAAGCCAAGAUCCAGCACCUCAUGAAAGCCAACAACAACUUGAGCGAUGAGCUGAGGCUGAUGCAGAAAAAGCUGCAAUCUCUGCAAAGCGAGAACACCUCUCUCAGGCGGCACGUCCCAACCAAUAUCUAUCAGAUCCCCAGCGGUUCAGACUACCCUGACCCCUCCAGCCCCUCAGCCUUGAAACGCCGGCAGUCUGCGCGGGCCAGUCGGCCCAUGUCUAUGUAUGAGACCGGCUCAGGCCUGAAGCCCUAUCUCCCUAAAGGGGAAACUCCCUACCCAGAGGAGGGUAUCCCCACCCUGCAACCCUUCCCACCUCAUACGGAAAGGGGCGCUUUUGUGACCACCUCUUCAUCCCUCCCCUCAUUUCCAUCCACCCUGUCUUGGUCGAAGGACGAAAGUAUUCAAAAGGCCUCGAAGUUAGAGAAGCAGAGCAGCAUGCCAGAAAGUGACUAUGACAAUACAUUCAAUGACUCUGAGAUGGAUGAUUCAGGUUUGUGCAGGAGGGGGAGGCUGAGGAGCAGUGGCUGGCUGGGGGAGGGUACCUCUAUCCCUGAGCUGGAUGAUCUGGAAAUGGAAUCAGACCCCUCGCUUCCCAGCACUGAGGACGUCAUCCGCAAAACUGAGCAGAUCACCAAGAAUAUCCAAGAGCUUCUGCGAGCUGCUCAGGACAACAAACAUGACAGCUUCAUACCCUGCUCAGAAAGAAUACAUGUGGCUGUAACAGAAAUGGCUGCCCUCUUUCCCAAGAAGCCACGCUCAGAGACGGUGAGAAGCUCUCUGCGCUUGUUGACCUCCAGUGCGUACAGGCUUCAGAGUGAGUGCAGGAAGGCGGUGCCCUCAGAGGGCUGCCCGGGACCGGACAUGCAGCUGGUCACCCAGCAGGUCAUCCAAUGUGCUUAUGACAUUGCCAAGGCAGCCAAGCAGCUUGUCACCAUCACCACAAAGGAGAAUACCAACUAACAGCAAAACCGUCAGCAUCUCAGUUUUGUUCUUAUAUUUUUUUAAAAAUGAUUUUGUUGUUUUUGUAUUUGUGGUAUAUGCAUGCGUUCCUUUUUAAUUUAUGAAUAAUAUAAGUAUGGACAAUAUUUAAAGUCAACUUGGGACAUAAUCUGAGUGUGAAGGGAAAGACUGCAGCAGCUUUACUUAGGGAUACCCGGCUGCUAUAAUAGCACAAUUUCUCUUGAUUACUCUCUAACAAUUAGAGUAACUCCCUCUUACUGACAAGUAAUGUUCAACCAGUUCAUUGUGUAAAUACCUCUCAUUGAGAGAGGGAAUUAAGCACAGUGAAGUAAAUCCGUAUGACGAUGUUGGUUACUGUAAUGUUGUCAGUCCAAAGCCAGACAUGGUUGCUGAAAAGCCAUAAACAAGUCAUGAAUCCACUGUCAUUGAAUGCUAUUGCUAACACUCUUGUAGCUUAAGGAGCUUCCCCUCAAUUAUUGCACUGUGCAAGCAUCAACAAACUGUAAGCAAACUGGCCGUUUAUUUACUUCCGUUUAAUGUUCAGAACUUCAUUUAUGCACAUUUUGUAGCUCUGCAAUGCUAAUGUUUGUUGCAUAGAAAAGCUAUUUAUAUGGUUUGUCCCCUGUCCAAGUGUAAUCCAGUCUGCAGUGCACUUAUUGCAGCUAUUUAUGUAUGCCCAUUUGUCAAGUCAGUGAAUGCAUAUAACACUUGUUCAGGGGGCCAAGUUAUAUUCUUCACCAGCAGCAAGUUGUCGUUGUAUUAAGUUAAAAAAAUAUAUGAUUUGGUGUGUUUCUACGAGGCUCCACUCUGCACUGUAUUAUGCGGUCUUGUGUGCCACUGCAGUGUUGGUGAUGUUACAAGAUAUUUAGAGCUAAUAACCAUAUGUAUGUCCAUUGUGUUUUGUGCUCUGUUCCGUUGCUGCUAGUUUUGUAUUUGAUGUGCAACACAUGGGAUAGAACUCUAGACGUCUCCUGUAUAACUGUGCAGCACAAGGUUCAUCCUCACCAAGUGUUUCAGAGGUUAUCAAUGAAAUCUGAUCAAGGUAAUGUCCCUCUCUGUACUUGAAUGGAGUGCAGGGAUGUAUGUCAUGCAGCUGUGAAGUUGCAAAUC